AGGGGUAUCUGCACGAGUCUGAACUGCGUAGUUUUGGGGGAUUACAUCACUAUAUCGUCAGAGGGUGUCCAGUCUGAGCAGCCCAAAAGAGCACUAUCCAUCUGAGGUCCUUUUCUCACAGCUGUCAGUCCUUUAUAGCUCUAGACUCUGCAAGAACUACUUUAUCAAGAAAGGAGACACCAGAGCCCCAUUGACUGAUUGGCAGACAUAACAAGACGACCUAUACUGCAGGACGACAGACGGGCAUCAUGACAAAGGGCAAGCUUGCACUUGCUACCAAGACCACCAAUGGAUCCACCAGCGGAGAGGCCUUAGUUUCACCAGCUCCUCCCAGCUAUGAGGAAGCCACUGCGGGCACCAGUGCUCCUUGCUACAACGAUGUUGAGAUGCUCACAGAGUUCACCUGGGAUGAUCGCAACAUCAGGAGGGUCUUCAUCCGUAAGGUGUACACCAUCUUGAUGAUCCAGCUUUUGGUGACUCUUGCGAUUGUGUCUCUUUUCACAUUCUGUGAUCCAGUGAAGGACUACAUUCAAAGCAACCCUGGGUGGUACUGGGCCUCUUACGCUGUGUUCUUUGUCACAUAUCUGACCCUAUCUUGCUGCUCCGCUCCAAGGAGACAGUUUCCAUGGAAUCUGAUUCUGCUUGGCAUCUUUACCCUCUCACUCUCCUACAUGACAGGGAUGUUGUCCAGCUUCUAUAACACUAAGUCAGUGGUGAUGUGUCUGGGCAUCACAGCAGCAGUCUGUCUCCUGGUCACAGUCUUCAGCUUCCAAACUAAGUUCGAUGUGACGUCAUACCAAGGCGUGCUCUUUGUCUUCUGCAUGGUCAUGUUCGUCUCUGGACUGGUGCUGGCACUCGUCCUUCCUUUUCAAUAUGUUCCCUGGUUGGAUGCCACCUACGCUGCCUUGGGAGCCAUACUGUUUACCAUGUUUUUGGCAUUUGACACCCAGCUCCUCAUGGGGAACAAGCGCUACACCAUGAGUCCAGAAGAAUACGUUUUCGCCACUCUCAACAUCUACCUGGAUAUCAUCUACAUCUUCUCCUUCUUCCUCCAAAUCUUUGGAACAAAACAAGAGUAAACCAUCACCUCACCUUUCUUACCUACAGACAAGGGAUGGAAAUUUAGGCAGACAUGAUAAGAGAAAUUUUUGGUGAUUGUGAUGACAAUGCUUCCACCUGUAACAGCGUUAUUUUUGCCUGAUACUGAUAAGGCCACAAACACUUUGUGAAUCUAUUGUACAGCUAUACAUGUACAUAGAUGUAUGUCCAAAACGUCUACAACCUUUCCCUCCUCUCCAGCAUGUUGUGAACCCACACCACAUUAUGGGGUUAGCUUACUAUAGGUUUACCAGCAAGAAAACAAUCAUUGAUCUUCCUCCAUUUAAGAUAAAACAUACUGAGUGUUCAUCUGAAGCUGUAUGGGUGUCUUUAUGUCCAUGCCUGCCUAGAUAUCACAAACAAACAAUAGAUGUCAGUGCUCUUUAAGAGGUAUGUGAUCUAUAAUCCAUUAUGCAUGACUCUUAAAAAGCCCCAUAUGCCAAGUGUAGACAUCCUAUCAUUGGGCUAUUGCUGUGGGUGUUGAUUUACUGACAGAAAGCACAAAUUUAACUUAAAAAAAAAUACUUUCCCUGUGUUUUCAAGCAUAUUCAAUGUUGUCUCAAUACUGUGAAUUACAAGAAACCCCUUUACUGUUUUUGGGGGGUAGGUGACAUGUUUUUUGGGGGGGGCUUUUGAAUGACAAUCUAGAAGUGUUAUUUAUUAGAUUUGGGAUGUUGUUUCUCAUCUAUGACUUGAUUUGUUACUCAUAUUUAUUGUGUAUACUGUAUGGUUUAUGUGUUGGUUUUAUUCCAUUUAACUCUGAGGCUGUCAUUCAUUGCACUCACAUUGUUGUAUUGUUUAUUGUUAGUAUGUAAUUUGUCCAACGUGUGUUUGAACCUGAAAUGGUUUGAAUGAAGAUUGUUUUUUAUCAUGAAAGACAUUUAGUUUGGACAAACCUUGGUUGUUGGCAUUAUAGGUUUUGGUCUUAAUAUUAUUUAAACUUUUUGUGACGUGGUUUACAUAUGAUAAUUGAAUAUAAACAUGACUGUGCCAUACAUGCAUGAAUUUACUGUAACUUUUGAUAAGGCCUGUAUUUGUGGAAGGGCUUAAAUGCUAUAUUUCAUGACAUUUGAAGUUUAUUUUUUUAUGACAGAGUGAUAUAUUUCAGAAAGUGUGUGGUAUAAAAUGGUGAGUUUGAACCUUGAAAUGAAUCCUUAAGUUGUCUAAAGUGGCCUUGGACUACCUUUAUUUGAUGAUAUUGAUGCGGUAUAUUGUUUGUAGAGCACCCUGCAUUUCACCGAAGCAUUGGUGUUACUGUAUUGAUUUAUUAAAGGGUGAAUGUGUAUGAA